AUUUCAUUCUGCCCCCCUUCCAGAUAAGAUUACCCCAAGAUCUGAGACCCGAGCAAUAACUGAUAAGCCAUGCCAUACAUUUGAGGGUCUGUUCAGAUAAAGAUCAGUACGUCUAAGGGAUUAUGCCAAACGUUCUCAACAUCUUAAUGACGUUGACCAGAGCCUGUUAGGAGAGCUGACAGAAUUGUAGAAGCAUCUGCUCACUUCUCAACAACUUAUGACUCUUAGAGGGAAGAGAAACAGACCAGUGCCCUGUAUAAUUCCUAGGGAUGCAAUUGAGUGUCUGAGCUUUAUCAGCAAUACAAAAGUCAGAGAGGCUGUUGGUAUCGCUAAGAACAACACAUACUUGUUUGCAAGUACAGGACAGUACAAUGUUCGUUUCUACGAAUUAUUGAGGGCAAUUUGUGGGGAACUGAGUUUAAGCCACCCAGAUAGAAUCACAAGUGUGAACCUUAGGAAAUACACUGCAACAUUAAGUCAGGUGCUAAACCUUAAACCAAACGUGCUACAAUGGCUGUGUAGCCACCUGGGUCAUACAACGAGAGUGCACUUGGACCACUACAGGCAAAUGUCUGGCUUCAUUGAAAGAGUCAAAAUCAGCAAAGUAUUGCUGAUGCAGGACAUGAACCUUACAGAAAAGUUUGUGGGAAAGAGCCUUGAUGAAAUUGGGAGCAUUCCUUUUGAAGGUAUUUUUGAUGAUUUUUAGCUCUGCUGUUUUCGGAGAAAACCCGAGGUAUUGUCAUAGCCAGCUCGUCCGGCGUCUGCCGUCUACCGUCCGCCUGGUCCUAAAACCUUGACAAAGUGCUUCCACCUACAACUUUAAAACUUCAUAUUUAGAUGCACCUUGCUGAAUUUUACAUGCCACACCCAUUUUUGGGUCACUAGGUCAAGGUCACUGUGACCUUCAAAAAAAUUUUAAUCUGACAUGCUUUCAUUUAUUCAAAACUGCACCGGCAGCCGAGCGUUGGCACCCUUUAUGCUGUGAUCUUGUUUUAAUAUCAUAAAUACAUACCUGUUAUCUCUAGCU